AUGCCUCCUCAUCGUACCACAGCGACCAAGAAACGUGGACCGUUUCCGUGUGCAGUGUGCAAAAAGUCCUACGCAGACACAGCUGGAUUGAACCGUCACCUCCGUGAACACGACGAUAAUUAUUGGCACAAGUGCAAAUGGGAUGGUUGUGAUGCGCGUUUCAAACAGCGCUCUGCUCUCGUGAUCCAUGACAACGUGCACACUGGGUUGAAGCCUUACGUGUGUCCGCUCUGUGGCCGGUGUUUUGGCGAUCCAUCCUCGCUCUCGCGUCACCUAGGCUCCGAAAUGCAUCGCGACGCAGAUGUGCCUUUAAGACAUCGCUGUCCCCAGUGCGAUUCCGGCUACGAGCGCAAAGAACAACUCAAGAGUCACAUGCGUAACGCGCAUCGUAUGGAGUACGACAACUCGAUGAAAGUUGCUCUCCCUCGUAGGCCGUUGAAGGAGCAGGCACUAGCGAAGGCUGCAAAGAUUCGCCAACAAUCAGCGUCAGGAUCUAAAGCGCCACGCACGACUCGCCGUUCGAAGGGGAAGAAGAACGAACACGAAGCGCCAGUUUCACUAGAGUGUCGAUCCGUGAUCAAGCCUGAGCCUCAGGAGGUCGCGACGCAACAUAUGGACUUUCACAUGGGCAUCCCGCAGAAUGAGCCUGAGUACGCUCACGCUCACGACCUCGGACGUCCACCCGUUCCACCCCAGGAUGCUACCCUUUACGGCAGGGAUAUGAACACGCCUUACCACAACGCUGUGCAGCUUCCGCGUCUGGUCCUUCCUCCCCCAACGCACGCCCAGCCUUCGCCACUCGCGUCUUGGGAAAACACACGGCGUUACGCCCUGUCUCCCGACGGCUCAUCGUCGCGAAACUCGCCUCUCAUGUCCCCAAGCACCCACGCUUUGCACUCGCUGGCUCCUUCGCCUGUCAAUCUUCCGUAUAACAGCCAGGUCUACGAUAUGGGAUCGACGUACCAGAAGGCCCCGUACAGCGUCGCGCCUCCGGCGUGGGUUGAAGGACAUCAGUAUGUUAUGCCUGACGACGGUUGUUUUGGAUUGUCGAUUGCCCCUUCACCGCCGACGCAGGACAUGUGGAACACGGGCGCGUACAACCUUUAUUACAACGCAUGA